ACAACACUCUCCUCCCUGCCAUCCCCAUAAUUUCGCUCAACGUCUUGAGCGCGCCGGUCUCCUUCUACUGAACGGUCUGAACGCGAACUGCCCGCCAUGUCUGUCAUGCUUACGAAGUUUGAGUCCAAGAGCAAUCGUGUAAAGGGACUUGCUUUCCAUCCGACUCAACCUCUGCUCGCCGCGUCGCUUCACAAUGGGAGCGUGCAACUAUGGAACUACCGUAUGGGUGUCUUAGUCGACAGAUUUGAGGAACACGAAGGUCCCGUUCGCGGUGUCGCUAUCCACCCUAGUCGUCCUUUGCUGGCUACCGGUGGCGACGACUACAAAAUCAAGGUCUGGGAUCUCAAACCGCAGAGCCGAAGAUGCAUCUUCACCCUCCACGGCCAUCUCGACUACGUUCGAUCCGUUCAGUUCCACCAUGAAAUGCCUUGGAUUCUCUCAUGCUCCGACGACCAAACCAUUCGCAUCUGGAACAGCACAUCCCGCCAAUGCAUCGCCAUCCUCACCGGCCACUCUCACUACGUCAUGUCUGCCCUCUUCCAUCCAAAGGAGGACCUCGUAGUUUCCGCCUCCAUGGACCAAACCGUUCGCGUCUGGGACAUCUCUGGUCUCCGCAAGUCUACGCCAAACCAAGCACCAGGCACUUUUGACACCUUCGAUUCCUUCUCCACCGUAAAAUACGUUCUCGAGGGCCACGACCGUGGCGUCAACUACGCCAUGUUCCACCCUACUCUCCCUCUCAUCAUUUCCGCCGCAGAUGACAGGCAGAUCAAGCUCUGGAGGAUGAGCGAGACGAAGGCGUGGGAGGUGGAUGCGUGCAGGGGACAUUUCAACAACGUGUCGAGCGCUGUCUUCCAUCCGAAGCACGAGCUGAUCGUCAGUUGCGGAGAGGACAAGACCGUCAGAGUGUGGGAUCUGGCGAAGCGCUCGGCGGUGCAGACUUUCAGGAGGGAACAUGACCGCUUUUGGGUCCUCGCCGCUCAUCCCGAGCUGAACCUCUUCGCUGCCGGUCACGACAAUGGUCUCAUCGUCUUCAAACUCGAGCGCGAACGCCCCGCGUUCGCACUCCACGGCGACACGGUCUACUACGUGCGCGAUAAAUAUGUUCGCGCGUACGAUAUCAACACCGGAUCCGAUAUUGGCCUCCUCUCCGUGCGCAAGUUCGGUUCGCCCUACGUCCCUCCCCGCACGCUCAGUUUCAACCCCGCCGAGCGCUCCGUGAUCUUGACCAUCUCGAGCGACGGCGGCAUGUUCGAGCUGACGGGGCUGCCGAAGGAUGCGGUCGGCGAGGUGAAGGAUUCGUCGGCGGAUGGGAAGAAGGGUCCGGGCGCCAGUGCGAUUUUCGUAGCGAGGAACAGGUUCGCGGUGUUGAAUAAGACAUCACAGCUCGUCGAAGUGAGGGACUUGGCGAAUUCGGUCGUCAAGUCCAUCAAGCCACCGGUGCAGACGAACGAGAUUUUCUACGGUGGGACGGCCAGUUUGAUCCUCAGCUCUACGAGCUCGGUCGUCUUGUAUGAUAUCCAGCAGCAGAAGACGAUCGCGGAGCUUAACAGCCCGCCCGUGAAGUAUGUGAUGUGGAGCUCGGACGGGUCGCAGGUCGCUCUGCUGAGCAAGCACACCAUUACGAUCGCGAACAAAAACUUCUCGACGAACACGCUUAUCCAUGAGACUAUCCGAAUCAAGUCUGGCGCUUGGGACGAUGCCGGCGUGUUCGUCUACUCGACACUCAACCACGUCAAGUACUGUCUUCCCAACGGUGACCACGGCGUGAUCUGCACUCUUGACAACCCCGUCUACCUCACCCGCGUCAAGGGCAAGACCGUACACUGUCUCGACCGCUCCGCUCGCCCAAGGACUAUCACCAUCGAUCCCACGGAAUACAGGUUCAAGCUUGCGCUCAUCAGGAACAACUACGAGGAAGUGUUGCACUUGAUCAGGACUUCGAACUUGUUGGGUCAGAGCAUCAUCGCGUAUUUGCAGCAGAAGGGCUUCCCGGAGAUUGCGCUGCACUUUGUUGAGGAUAAGAAUACGAGGUUUGACCUGGCGAUCGAGUGUGGGAAUUUGGAUGUGGCGCUGGAGAUGGCGAGGGCGAUCGACAGGCCUGAAUGUUGGAACAGGCUGGCGCAACAGGCUAUCAAGCAAGGCAACCACAAGAUCGUCGAAAAAGCAUACCAGCAGACGAAAAACUUCGACCGGCUCUCGUUCUUGUACCUCACCACCGGCAGCACCGACAAGUUGUCGAAAAUGCAGAAGAUCGCGGAUGCAAGGGGAGACCCGAUGUCGAGAUUCCAUAACGCGCUGUUCGCGGGGGACGUCGCUGGACGGAUCGCGAUCCUGCGCGAGGUCGGGAUGUAUCCCCUCGCCUAUCUAACGGCGAAAACGAACGGAAUGGAGGACCUCGCAAUCGAGAUCCUCGAAGACGCCGGCCUAACCGAAUCCGACGUCGACGACGUCCCUUCCUUCGGCCUCGCCACGCUCUCUCCUCCACGCAUUAUCACCACCACCACAAACCUAAACUGGCCAUCCGUCCCAGGCGGCGAAUCUUUCUUCGACCGUGCUUUGGCGAACGGGAACCUCGAGGCAGGUGCGGGUGCGGGUGGGGAACCGUAUUUGAAUGGGGUGGAGGGGGCGAAGGCGGCGAGUAGUGCUUUGGAUGAGUGGGCUAGAGAUGAGGAGGAGGAGGAGGAUGGGGGGGAUGUGGGGGCGGAUGAGGACGGGUGGGAUUUGGAUGUGGGUGGGGAGGAGAAGGGUGUGGAUGGGGAUGGUGGAGAGGAGGUGGAGGGUGGUGCAGAGGGUGGUGCAGAGGAGGAAGAGGAGUUGGGCGCGGGGGCGGCGCCGGGGGUGAGUGAGGCGGAGGUGUGGGUGAGGAAUUCGCCUUUUGCGGGGGAUCACGUCGCUGCGGGGUCGUUUGAGAGCGCUAUGCAACUCUUGAACCGUCAAUUGGGCAUCGUGAACUUCGAGUCACUGAAACCGCUCUUCCUGUCCACCUACCGCUCCUCGCACGCGUAUCUCUCCCCGCUCGCGUCCCUCCCGCCGCUGAACCUCCAUCUCCGCCGCAAUCCCGGAGAGAGCUCGUUGACGAGGGUGUUGCCCGUUGCGGUGGUGACGCUGAGACAGGUGAGGCAAGAGCUCGCGGAGGGAUUCAGGUUUGUGUCGGGGAAUAAGUUGGUCGAGGCGCAGGGGGUGUUUAGGGCGGUGUUGAGGAGUCUGUUGUUCGUCGCCGUGACGUCGAAUGAGGAAGCCAAGGACUGGCGCUCCACCGUAACAACCACCCGCGAAUACCUCCUCGGCGUCUCCCUCGAACUCGAACGUCGCCGCGUCGCAGCCGAGUCACCAGACGACGUCAAACGGUCGCUCGAGCUCGCGGCGUAUUUUGCGCACUGCGCGCUGCAGCCGGCGCAUAUGCAGAUUGCGUUGAGGAGCGCGAUACAGGUGUUUGGGAAGGCGAAUAAUUCGGCGGGGGCGGCGAGGUUUGCGAGGAGGCUGUUGGAGUUGAAGCCGGAUGCGAAGAUUGCGGCGCAGGCCCGUCAACGAAUCGCAGCAGGCGACCGCAACCCGCGGGACGCCGUCGAGAUCGCAUACGACGAGUUCACAGAGUUCGAGAUCUGCGCGGCGAGCUAUACGCCGAUAUAUAAAGGACAGCCGGCGGUGAGGUGUCCGUAUACGAAUGCGGCGUAUUUAGUGGAGUAUAAGGGGACGCUGGAUCCGCUGGUUGGGUUGACGGAGAUUGGGGCGGGGGCGUCGGGGUUGCCUGCGCCGCGAUAGAUGAGGGUGGGGAGGGUGGGUGGAGGGGGGAGGUGGAGAGGAGAGGAUAGAAUAAAGAGGGAGGG